AUGUCAUACAACAAUACUAAUACAACACAUAUCCACAUACAAAAACCUCCCUUAAACAACUUAGAACAACUCUCCACACUGCUCGUAACCUGGAAAAUAACCAACAAAAAACAGACAAAAUUCA